UUACGGUUGUUUCUCGGUUUGCGUUGCAUCUGCGAUUAGGCUCCUCAAGUUACAAAGUCAUCGCUUGGUCAGAUAUGGAUGUCGCUGUAGCUCCAUUGCAGCACUGUAAAACUAUUCACCUGGUGAGGCAUGCCCAAGGAGUUCACAAUAUUGAAGCAGAAAAGGACCAUGAUGCCUUACUUUCUCCCACACUUUUUGAUGCUCAACUCUCCCCACUUGGCUGGCAACAGGUUUCCCGUCUGCGCGAGCAAGUUCUUGAAAGUGGAUUAUCAAAGAGGAUUGAGUUGGUCGUAACUUCCCCUUUGUUAAGGACCAUGCAAACAGCAGUUGGAGUUUUUGGUGGUAAGAGCCAAACAGAAGGGCUUGAUCUACCUCCCUUGAUGGAAGCAAAUGUUGGAAACAGUGGGCUUCCUGCAAUAUCAAGUUCUGAUUGUCCUCCAUUUAUAGCAGUAGAGCUUUGUCGAGAACGUUGGAUAGAAAGUGAUGAAGACAACUUGUGGGAGGCUGACGUAGUAGAGAGCUCUGAAGACCUUAUUGACAGGGGAAUGAAGUUUUUGAGCUGGUUAAGGACAAGGAAAGAGACAGAAAUAGCAGUUGUCUCUCACAGUAUAUUCUUGAAUCAAAUGCUUAAUGCGCUUGGAAAGGACUGUCAUCCAUCAGUGAAGGAUGAAAUAUGCAAGAAGUUUGGCAAUGGUGAACUUCGUUCCUUGGUGCUAUUUGAUAAAAGUUUGAUUAUGGUGAAGGAGAACUCAGAGGCUAAGAAACGCAAGAAAAUAAGCCGAUGUGGAUGGGUCGUUGGUGCUUUGACUGUGUUGAUUCUACCUGUGGCUGUGUGGCUACGUAGCUGUGGAUUCAACAACAGCUCCUAAUUUGUCUCUCUUUGAACAAUCUAAUAAUAGGAGAGAUUGUGGGUUUCUUUCCUACUUUGCUGAAUUGAAAAUAUGAAAUAUUAUUAAAUGGUACCGCUUGACAGCUUCAGUGCAUUCCACCUGUAUAGUUUGACUUGAAUUCAACUACAUACGUAUUGGAAUAUCUGUUGGACAACUGGAGUGUUAAGGUAUAAUUUUAUUUUUUUAAAUUUAUAUGGCUGAAUAUUUUUAAAAUAUAUAUUAAUUUAUAGUAUAGUAUAAACUCACAGUUCAACCUUCAUCAAACCAGUUGAACCUCAAAAAUCUUAAACCUCCAAUCGACACGGUUUGAUCCACAGAUGGGUUUUAAAAACUAUGAGUGAGACUGAGACGACCAGAAUAGAGCUCUGAACCCUCUUAAGAAGGGAGUCCGUACUAUCGGCCCACAACCCACAAAACCUCAAGGAAUUACGUCCCACCAAUUCGAACUCCCAACCUGGGGGAUCUUUCACCUCUAAAUCCGAAGAUAUAACCACUAAGCUAAUGUUGAGUUGUUACCACCUUUUUCUUCCUACUCUCACUCAACCUGUAUGAUUUAUAAGCUACAAUAAUUCCCUUGGUGAGCUACGAUCUUCUAAGACGCAGGAAUCCUACCAACACAGAAAGGAAAAGGAAGAAAACAGCAGCUAUGACAUUGAUACUAGUCGACUUCCCUGUUUUUUCAAUGCUUUCUGAGAUGGUUGGGUCGACGUUAUCCUUCUCUGAGGACAAUUUACGUGAUGAAGAGAUGGGGAUUGCCACAUCCCAAAAGGAUUUGGCUUUUAAUGAGGUAGCUUCUACUUCUGGUUCUAAAAUAGUUGAGGCAUCAGUUGGUGGUUCCAUGGACAUCAACUCCACGCAGUGAUCUUUUAUAACCUGAUAGAGCGUAAAUACGAUAAGAGCAAUUGAAAUUGAAUAAUUCUUUUCAAAAUACCCUAAAAAAUGUGAUCGGAGACACAGAACUAGGGAAAUAUUCAGUCUACGUUUCAAGUCCACUUGCCCACAGUGUUCCAGUACAAAGUCCCAGAUUCUAAC